AUGGUGUUAGCAGACUUGGGAAGGCGAAUCAGCAGCGCGGUGUCGGAAGUGACCCGGUCGAGCUCGGUUGACGAGCAAGUAGUGGAAAACAUGCUUAAGGAAAUUUCAAACGCAUUAGUGGAAGCAGACGUGAAUAUAAAACUAGUGAUAGGGCUCCGGAAGAAGCUCAAGGCGAAGAUCGAGGGCAGCAGCGGGCAGCAGGGUCUGGAUAAGAAGAAAUUGAUCCAGAAAGCGGUGUUCGAUGAGCUCUGUGCACUUGUUGAUUGCGGUGGAGCGAAAGUUUUCCGGCCAAGAAAGAAGAAAACUAACGUUAUCAUGAUGGUUGGUUUGCAGGGUGCGGGAAAGACGACGACGUGCACAAAGUUGGCGGUGUACUACCAGCGGAGAGGGCUGAAAGUGGGUCUUGUGUGUGCGGAUACGUUCCGUGCGGGAGCUUUUGACCAAUUGAAGCAGAAUGCAACCAAAGCACGAAUUCCAUACUAUGGAUCGUACACAGAGGUGGACCCGGUGACCGUGGCGGCGGAGGGAGUGGGGAAAUUCAAGAGAGACAAGUUCGAGUUGAUCAUCGUGGACACUUCGGGAAGGCACCGGCAGGAAAAAGAGCUUUUUGCAGAAAUGGUGCAGAUCGAGGAGGCGGUGAAGCCGGACGAGACGAUCAUGGUGCUCGACGCGUCGAUCGGCCAGGCAGCUGAGUUGCAGGCCCGCGCGUUCAAGCAGUCGUCGAACUUUGGGGCGAUCGUCCUCACGAAGAUGGACGGCCACGCGAAAGGAGGCGGUGCAAUUUCUGCAGUUGCGGCCACCAAGACGCCGAUAGCGUUUAUUGGAACGGGAGAGCACAUCCAGGAUUUGGAGAGCUUCACUGCCAAGCAGUUUGUGUCGAAGCUUCUUGGCAUAGGAGACAUCCAGGGGCUCAUGGAGCACGUGAAGUCGCUCCACUUGGACCAGAAGGAUGCGAUGAAGAACUUCCAGGAGGGAAAGUUCACGCUGCGCGAUCUCCAGACGCAGAUGAACAACAUCUUGAAGAUGGGCCCGCUCAGCAAGAUCGCGCAGAUGCUUCCCGGCGGCAUUGGCAACAUGAUGCAGCAGGUUGGCGAGGAGGAAACCACGAAGCGGUUUAAACGGAUGGUUUUCAUCAUGGACUCGAUGACAGGCAGCGAGCUUGACAGUGACGGGCAGAUUUUCGUCGAUGAGCCGAGCCGGAUCGUGCGUGUGGCCCGGGGCUCCGGCACCUCGGUCACAGAGGUGGAAGCAGUUCUUUUGCAGCAGAAGAUGUUCACCAAGAUGGCCCAGCGUACAAAAUCCAUGAAAAGCCAAAUGCCCGGCCUGAUGGGCGGCCGGGGAGGUCGGGCAGGUGGCCCGGGAGGCCGCGGUGCGUUUGGCGGUGCCCAGAUGCAGCGUGCCAUGCAGCAACUCCAGUCUGAUCCCUCCAUGAUGCAGAAAAUGCAGCAAAUGAUGGGUAGUAUGGGUGGAAUGCCUGGAAUGGGCGGAAUGGGCGGAAUGCCCGACCCGCAGCAGAUCCGGCAGAUGAUGAGCGACCCCAACGUUCGCAGGAUGGUCGAGAACUUCGGCAAGAACUUUGGCAUGCAGUGA